CUCUAGUCUCUGACCUCUAAUCUCUAACCAAAGAAAAAGCAUUCCACGAAAAUCGCCGGCAUUGACGCUCUCAGGCUUCUCUUUCUUUCUGCCAAAAGUGAACUGAAAAAUCAAGAAUAUUUCUUUGCGAUUCAGAAUUUCAUUUAUUAAAAUGGCAAAACACAUAAUAGAUCCUGAAAUGAAUGGAUUCAGACUCGAAGAUUUAAUAAGCGAAGAUGGAGUUACUUUUGAAAUUGGAGACGAGUAUCACGAUGAUGAUGAUGAAGAGUUCUCAUAUUCUCCAUUUGUACAAUUUAGCAAUGAGGAAAUGCUAAAUAUGUUAAACAUGAAUGAUUUUGAAGAUGAAGAUGAUACGAAUGAUGAGAAAGGAUUUCAAUCCCUUUGUGGCGUGAGCUUUGCGAAAUUAAAAGCAAAGAUGACAAGUUUAACUACAAAUCAAAAAGUCAUGAAAUUUGUUAAGCAAAAGGGUGUUGGAGAGAUUGUUCCUUUUAAUGCUCAAGUCACUAUUCAUUAUAUUGGAUAUUUUGAAGACAGAGAUGAACCUUUUGAUUCAACUUACUCUUCUGGAAAGCCAAGGACGCUGCGUUUAGGUCAAGGGUAUAUUAUACCUGGUUUAGAGAUUGGCAUAUGUACUAUGCAGAAGCAUGAAAAAGCAAUAUUUCUGAUACAUCCUAAUCUAGCUUAUAAAGAGAUUGGUUGUCCGCCACGUAUCCCUCCUAAUGAAGAAGUAAUAUUUGUUGUUCAUUUAAUUGAUUAUCUUGAUGAUGGUUCUGCAGAUACUUAUCAAAAUCUUAAAAUAGAAGAAAAGCAUUCAUUUAGACAUGUGGUAGAGCCUGUCUUACAUAUGUUUGUGGCUGCUAAGGAUAGUUGUAAAAAGUUUAAUACCAAAUGGGCAAUACGAGAAUAUAAAAAAAUAAUUAGUUGCUUAGAAAAUGUGCAAUUAAGAGAUAGUUUGGAAGAGAAAGAAAUGAAUGAAUUGCUUACAAAGGCUUACACUAAUCUUGCAAUAUGUUAUAAUAAAAUAAACUUACCACGUAAUGCCUGCAUAGCCUGUAAGCGAGCGCCAUUACCAACAGCUAAAACUCAUUAUAAUUUUGGUAAAGCUCUAUGUAAUCUUGGAGAUUAUGCUGAAGCAAUGAAGGAGUUGCAAAAAGCUUAUACAUUGCAGUCGCAUAAUGAAGAUAUUAGACAAGCAAUUCAGCUAACCAAUACCAAACAUCGCCAAUAUCUGGAAAUUGAAAAACGCUUGUGGAAAAAUUGCUUCAAAUCUGGAAAUAAACAAAUAGAAGUUAAUGAAUUCCGAAAAGUUAUACGUGAUAUAUGUGAAACUGUUAUCAAUGGUAAUGAUAUAAGACACCCUGUUCCUGAAGGUCUCAUAGAAGAAGAGCUUCAAAUUGUACGUGAAGAAGCUGCUAUGUUAGGAUUGAAUAUUGUUACAUAUUCAAGAUUUGGCAAGGAAAUUGUGUAUCUUCAAAAGAGCAAAGCAUAAAAUUUAGUUCUUGUUUACUGAAAUUACAAUAUCAAAGAAUUCUUAAUGCCAUGUUGGAUUGUUAUAAGUUAUAAUGGUAAUGUUGUAAUAAUAAUAUCAUUAUUUUGAAAUUUUGAGCGAAUCUUAAACUUUUUCUUUUUUGAUUACUUGAUUGUCAAUGCUUAAGUUUUUUAAUGAGUUGUUGGGGAAAUUUAUAGGAUAAUUUAUAUAAGAUAAAUAAGUUUGUUGGCUCUUUACAAGAAAGUAAUUUCUAGUACUUUUCUUUACUUAUGAAAUUCCAACAUUGUAUCCUUAAAUAUGUUGAUAGAAUGCAAUCACAUUCCCUAAGAUUAAAUAUUAGUUUUUCUAUCUAUUAAGUUUAUAACUUUGUGAUAAUCUUAUAUUAUCUUAUAUUACAUAUUUUUUUAUACCAAAAAAAUACAAUAAUUAAUUUUCUCUAUAGACAAAUAUAGAUUUUAAAAGAAAAGCAUUUUUACAUUGAUGUAAUAUCUAAUUAUUAAACAUAAUUAUCUAAAUAUUGACUUUAUAUUAAAUAUUAUUUUUUUACAAAACAAAGAAAAUUUAAAAAAAGAUAAAUUUGAUAUUACACAUGCAUUAUUAGAGAUUUUAAUAUGAUGUAUGUCAUAAGAUAAGAGUUUCAUGUCAAAGAAAAUUAAUUAUCAGUGUUAAAAUAUACCAUAAGUUAGU